AGUAAUAACUGGUAAAAACAAAAUAAGUUUCUUUAUAUAUAAAAUAUUUUCAAUCAUCCAGCUGGUUAUUUAAAUAGCGCAAUUUGGGAUUACAACAUCGUUUAUUAAUAUUAUUUCUUAUUUAAUAUUUAUGUCGACUGACUGGCUGAAUUGUAUCGAUUUAUCGAUAAAACUCAGGUUAUAAUAUUGUAGGCCACCUGUGUGUUUAGAAUAUCGAUCGUAACAGUUGAUCAUCCCUAGUGGAUGUUUUGUUUGAGAGUUCAAUUUGACGAUUUUUGAGUGAGAUGAUUCAUUCGGACUUGGAUUUAAGUGCUUUUAUCUAAAGUUUAAUUUAAUUUUAGUUGUUGCAUUUAUUUCUUAAAAUGGAUUCAUCACGUCGAAAUAAUACAGAUGAUCAAAGGUGUAUAAUCGGUUUACAAGAUUUAAAAAUAUCCAAUAAAGUUGAAGAUGUUACUGAGCAAGCGCACGGCGCCGUAACAUCGAACACAAGUUCUCUCGCCAAAACUCGGCCUGUGGGCGCAAUAGAGAGCUUUGUACUGGACAAUAGCCAAAACAAUCGUCAAGAUUACAGUUUUUAUGAACGAUCCAAUGUUAUUGCUGCUUCAAAGUUUGCUACGCCUAAACGAGUUGAGACUAUUGCGUCGAUCAAUAAACGCGAUAUAAACACUGCAGCUUUGCCAUCCAGUCCUACACGAUCCAUCGAUUCUUUAUCACAAAGGUCACUAAGUUAUCAAACAGACGACCUUUACGAAAUUCCAGCCAUUCCAAAUGCUCAAUAUCCACCACCAGUUUAUGAAAACAUAGAUUAUUACGGAGAGCAACGAUCGCCGCAGCCGCCCUACUACCAUCAGCUGUAUCAGCAGGCGCCGCCGCCCCCCGUGUCCGACGGCUACUACGAUACUCGCUACAGUAAAGCUCAACCCCAAGUGCCAGUUAAUUCGAAGACUAAAGUUAAUCCACUAGUUUAUGAAAACAUGUUGUGUUCCGAUAAUGAUAAGAAAAGUGAAUUUAAGCCUCAACAAAACCACGAUCAGCGUUUUAUACAGCAGGGGUCAGUUCCUGGGCCACAAGUGCCUAAUACAGGUGUCAGCAGGAACAUGGCACAGAUGUUAACAUGUGACAAAGUAAAAAUAGACAAAGCUCCUCCUCCUCCUCCAUACAAUCCCUCACAUGAAAACCCAGGCAGUGAUUACACAGUGAUGAAGUCUGCUCCACCCAAGUACACUGAUGUUAGUGCCCUGCUCAAGAAUGACAGCACUAUUAGUUUUGAUGAUAAAAUUGUGACCAUACCAUCUACAGCAAUAUAUGCAUCUAUAGCCCCAAGUGCUCAAAGGCCCAAAGCCAACAUUGCCACUGAAGUGCAAACAGCAACAGCAAGUCCUAAAUUCUUUCAUCCUAAACCAAACAUUGGGAAUAGCAUUGGGAAAGAAAAACCAUUAAUUAAUGGUGGGUUUAAUUCAAAGCCUGCAGUUGGUAGCAGGAUGCAGAUAGUAGAAGAUACCAAUGGUUCAGAUUAUGUGUGCAUGACGGGUGGAUCUCCUGCUGCAGCAGUGGCAGCAGCUAACAGAGACAAUGUGUCUAUUGCCUCUGAAUCUAUUGCUUCUAGGAAUUUAGUAUCAGGACUGACUUCAUUGUGUUCUCCUGCUCAGUCCCCAGCACCUAGUCCUACUCCAAGCUCUGUGUCUCAAGUGUCCGGAGGAUCUCGGGGCUCUGGUGGGCGAGGUAAAAGCUUAUUGCCAUACAGCAUUACACCUCCACGUCCACCAGGUCCCAGUGAGGCUCAACGUAAAAUAGAAGAACUUACUAGACAACUUGAAGAGGAAAUGGAAAGGCAGGAUGAAGAGGGGGAAUAUUUUGGCAUUUGCCACACAUGUGGUGCCGGGGUCACUGGGGCGGGUCAAGCCUGCCAGGCCAUGGGCAACCUCUACCACACCAACUGUUUCAUUUGCUGCUCAUGUGGCCGUGCUCUACGGGGCAAAGCUUUCUACAAUGUUCAUGGCAAGGUGUACUGUGAGGAAGACUACUUGUACUCUGGAUUCCAACAAACUGCUGAAAAGUGUGCAAUAUGUGGCCACUUAAUCAUGGAAAUGAUUCUGCAAGCAAUGGGAAAAUCAUACCACCCAGGUUGUUUCCGCUGUUGUGUAUGCAAUGAGUGCCUGGAUGGGGUGCCGUUCACUGUGGAUGUUGACAACAAGAUUUACUGUGUCAAUGACUAUCAUCGUAUGUUUGCUCCUAAAUGUGCCAGUUGUGGAAAAGGCAUAACACCAGUUGAAGGCACAGAUGAAACAGUGAGGGUUGUGUCAAUGGACCGUGACUUCCAUGUAGACUGCUAUAUGUGUUGCGUUUGUGGAAUGCAACUGACUGACGAACCUGACAAACGCUGCUACCCUCUAGCUGGUAAGUUGUAGGUCCUAUGUAUAGCGCGGAGUGAUUAUAGUUCUAUUAUUAUUAUAGUAUGGUUGUGCUAGUCACAAAAAACGUUGCUGGUUUGUGUGAAAAUAUUAAUAAAAUAUUGCUUGAUAUUUGAUUACAUAAUAUGCUGUAUUAAAACAUUGUAACGAUUAUAAAAAAAUAUAAUAUACAUAUAAACAUUUCAGGUAAACUAAUGUGUCGCGCUUGUCAUUUGGCUACAAUCGGAGCGGCGUCGGGACCAGGCCUCUCGCCAGCGCCUCAUCUCUCCCCCGCUUCCUACCAGUAUAUGGGCUGAACGUCAAUGUUUUGCCUGUGUCUAGAGUUAAACAAUUUUAUUACAUCAGUGUAAUCAUCAGACAGGCUAAUAUUUCUACUGUUUUCUAGUAUCUGCUCAAAAACAAUUUUGUAUAGCUAAUAUUGCAUCAUUUAGUAUUAAAUGUAAUUAGCUUUAACAUACAUAACAUUAAGUUAUGAUAAACUCAAGUAAUCCAAUUGAAACUGUUGUUACUAUCAAUAUGAUUCAAGUUCAAUGUGAUUAAAUGUCAUAAACAUUGGAACAGAAAUGGAGAUGAAAAUUGAAUAAUGAUAUAAUAAGUAGUUAUUUGUUAUAGGUAAGCAAAAUGUAUGGAUACAUUUUAAGAGCAAACUAUGUUAUAGCAACAAAUAAUAAUUAGGAAAUUAAUGAAUGUGAUUUUUAUUAGCCAAGAACAGGUUUGCCUAUUCUAUUUGUGAUAUUCAAUAUCUUUAUUUGUAAAAUGAUACUGUUUCAAUAAUUAUGAGAUACCUGUCAAAGGAAUUGAUUUUGUAAGACAUGAUACUUUUACGAAGGAAUUGGUUCUAAUUAGGUAAUUAAGUUUAAAAGGAUUUUUUUUAUCUAUGUUAUCAUACAUGGUUAUGGUACAAGGAAUAGAUUUAAAACCCCCAAGUAUUAUGGCUGCUAGUUAAUUUGCCAUUGAUGUGAAAUGCAUUUAUUAAUUUUACACACUGGACAGGACAGCACUCCUGGUUGGUGUGUAUACUAUAUAUUAUACAAAAUCCCCAAUAUUGACAAGUAUAAUUUGGUCACAAUUUUAGAAAUAUUUUAUGAUGGAAGGCUUAAUUGAACAUUCCAGUAAUGUGCUGUCUUGUUUUGUACUUAAUAUAACUAUAUAGGAUAGGCUGUUUUUAUAUGUAAAUUUUGAUGAAAAAUGAUGUGAUUAUUAUGUAACUAGCUAUUUUACAUUUAAUAAACAUGACUAUGUGUUAUGUAGUUCUUUUUAUAUUUAAAUAUGAAAUAAAUAUUACAAAAUUUUAAA